AUGAUUAAAAACUCGAGAAGCUCAUUACCUCAAACAAACUUCUUCAUACCCUCGAAUGAUGAACGCGGAUAUCCAAAGCUUUCUCAAAACGAGGAAUACAAAUCAAGCAAGGAUGCGACAAAUCUAUGGGAUUUCAGCUUUAUUUACCGGCAACAACUCACUCAGAAAGAUGUCGGUGAAGCUUUCGUAGAUUCUGGUACGAAACAAGACGGAAUGAUUCGUUUACGAGUAACCAUUAGGACUCAAGCAAUUAAAAUAAAUUCCACGCGUUUAUCCAACAUUUGA